AUGACUUCAAACACGGCAAGGUUUACCUAUGAGCUGAUUCUCAAUGCAUUGCCGAUAAAAUCGGGCACCGGCGGCUAUUUGGAAGUUGAAAGUGAGCCGUCUUUCAUUAGCUGCCGUCUAAUCCUGUUCAAUCUGGCCACCACAUACAGCAUCGACGCUGUCAUAGAAGAGAGCAUGCGGCUCAUAGAUAUUAUCACAAAAGAGCAAAAAACGAGCAAUCCCUCGGAAAAGGCGCUGUGUUCGCUCACAGUACUGCUGCGACUGCUCAGCGACAUCGCUGAGCUGUGCUGGAAAUACGAAGAUUCACAGCGGUCGCGUCAAGCUAACGAGUCAUUGGAUCAGGAAGAAGCAAUGUCAAAAAACGACGUGGGAUUUGCAACGCAAAAGUCAUGUUUCCACGUCUCCCGUCCCAGACCGCUUGAGUCUAGUAUCGCACAGCGCUUGAUACAAGAAAUAAGCCGACUUAAGCUGAAUUUCUCCACCAUGCGCGCGUUGCGAAGAAUUUCCUCGUCACACAUAUCAGGCCAGUCCAAUCCUGGAUCCAGUAGCAAAAAUGACGCCACCGGUCUGGAUGACCUUGACAGCUCCCCACUUUUGAGGGCCAUAUCCACAAACUUGGACUACCUGAGCCGCUUCGCGGCCGCUGCGAAUCCGUCGGAAUUCUUAGAGUUCAUUGACUCUCAUGUCCUGAUUCCACUGGUGGAACAGCGCAGCUGCAGUGAGGUUGACGUCAUACCUUACUUAGACUUUUUCUCAGCAUUUUACAUCACUACCAAUAACCUCCCGAGCUUUUUGCAAAAUAUAUCGAAAAUCAUGGAGAACAUGAAGAAAAGUGCACACCAGGAGUUGGUUUUGAUGUACGCUGCCCAAGCUAUUAUGACAUGGAUUCUUUCGCGGCCUCACGAGUACGUUGAAGUAAUCAAUGAGAUUCGGAGUUCUGCCAAAGACGAAAUCUCACAUGCUAUCUGUAGGCUUUCCUCAUCCCUUUUUGAUGAUGUUCACUCAAACUACAAUGUUUCUUACGUUCUCACCACUACUGUCUCUUCGAACGCGGCGAUUUCUGAGUUCAAAAGCUCUCCACCGUCUUCCGAUGUAUCAUCACCUAUAAGUUCUUCAGGGAGUGCGUCCUACUUUCAGUCGGAUACUACAGACUUAAGGCGGAUUCACACCUACACAAGGUCCGACUUUGAAUCACAAGCGCUCUCUUCGGGGUGGGAUUUCUUUAACUCGUCAAUUCUCUCAGGCGCCUUGUUCCAGGUUGAGGAUGUUGCAAAUCUGUCAAUUCUGAGAUUUCUCGUAGUAAUGCUAUUGUUUCAACCGAGUGCCUUUGAAGAAAUGAACAUGAUGAGCUUCAAACAUAUACCCAAUGAAGCGGCUUUAAGCCUCGACGAAAUCUCAAAACCUAUUGCUGAAGAUGAGAAGAAAAAGCCCCAAAAUCAGUUCUCCAAACUUAGACCGUCAAGCCACAGAAAACUGCAGAAUUUCAAGUUCCCAUCGUUCACUUCUACCAGCAGAAAAGUCAAGUUUUUGACUACAUUAGUUAAAAAUAUCAAUGGCUCCCAGAUUGUGUCUGAUACGUCUUUGCUCGAUACUCUAAGAGUCUUGGUUCUGAUGUUCAGAGCAGCGUCUGCUAUUAAGCUGGCGGACGAAGAAUCUCCAGCUGUGACCUUUUGCAAGAGGCUACUGUUCGUUGUGGGCGACUCUCUACAGCUGUGCAAUUACUCUCAGUCGAAAAAAAACCCGGUCAUUGCAAGAUGUCUAUCUCGCAACCCAACUUCUCACACAAAACUUCAGAUAGCCUUCUUCCCUCCGGCGUUGAUCCUCGAACCAGAUUCUUUUCUGACACGACUUAAUCAGUUCACACAGAACAAACAUACAGGAUAUAAACAUCUGAGGACCCUUACUGAAGGAUUCAAAAUAUUUUUCAGUAUUCCGAAUGUUACGCGGUCUAACCUUGAGUUGGUUCUCAAGUCGAUAGAAUUUUUCAGAGUCACUUUGGCAGAGAUGUCCGACGUGAUACUUGCAGCUCUGAACCACUUUUCAGAGGGUUUUGCAGCGAACGUGGAAGAUAUUCUAGAGGGUUCAUUGAAAAGUGGCGCAGAUUUCUCGAGAAUUGGUAGGUCAUUUUCUCCUCCUUUUCCUUUGAAGUUGGUCCCUACCUUGUCUUCACAACCAAGUAAUAACAAAACCGAUAUCGUGAGAACUACAUCGUCCUCCUCCGUAUCAUCUGGAGCAAGUUCAUACAACGAAAACAACAGUAUUUCAAAGAGCACAAAUGAAAGACCUGCGAUAUUGGCGCCCCGCGCUAGGAGGCCUUCAGGAUCAACUAUGACCACGGUCAAUAAAGUCAAUGCAAAAAUGCCACUUUCCUCUGAGUGUGACAAGACUCUUUAUGGCACAAAAGCACAGUUCGAAAGUGUGAACAGAAUUGUUACUUCUCCGUUGAGAUUUUCUAGGUCGAUGGAACUAUCUGAAAGUAACCUCAAUUCAUUGAUUGCACAGUCCAGUGGUCAAAAUUCCUCAAUUGAGAAUUCCAUGUUCAUCGCACAAAACCUAACGAAUGCAGAUCUUGCUGACGCGAGACUUACAAUGGUGAAUAUAUUUUCAGUCUACAAACGGACGAUACAAGAUUACUUUGUUACGAUGAGUCGUCACCCUGCAUUUAAGGUAAUCAACGACUACAAAAUACUCAUAAAGCCUUUAUUUGUUGGAUUGGUUGAUGAUCAUCCGGUCGUACAGGCAAGCACCCGAUCGUUCUCUGCAUUUAUUGCUACUUGGGCAAUGAAAUUGGACAACGGAAAGGAGUGUCGUGAGAUUCGUCUUAUUUUGUACAAAGGAGCAGCGUAUUUGGUGACACUCAUAUCAUCGGCACUUUUCAAUCUGGAUCUGGACGAUGUGAAGCGAGAGCAGUUGUUAGAUGUUACUCUGAAAUACAUGGACCUUCGCUCGGAAUUAAUAGCCAACUUGGAUGUGGAAUCCCUGAAAAACAUUGAAGAAGACACACACCAUUUGCUUCAUGGGUCUACAGGGAGAGCACUUUUUGCCUCCCUGGUUUCUCACGAGCCGAAAGUUCAUAAACUGUUGCGGGCAUGCUUUCGGAGUCUCUUAAGGGAGCUGGACUCUCACGCUAAGCUGAUGGGGCAAGAUUCAGGAGUUGAAAAAUACAAUCUUAAGUUCUUCAAUUCAAUGUGCAAAGACAACUACGUCUCUACUGGUGCUGUGGCCUUUCAACGACGUUUAAGAAGCGAGGUUCUGAAAUAUAUUGAAGUUCCUGACAAAAUGUUGUUCGACUCGCUGAAGCUGAUGUAUAGUCAGUGGCUCAACUUCAUCCGCAAGCCGCAGCUCAAUUCUACAGAUUCAAAUCAUUUCAGGAAUAUAGCGGGAUUCAUUGCAUCAUCAUGUGGUCCUUUCUUGACGAUUGAUCAAACAGCUGUUGCCAAGAGUCACGAGGGCGCUAGUAUGCAGGAUGAAGUGAUUGAGAUGAUUGACUUUUUCAUUUCAAGGCAGUGCACUUGGCUCAAUGACCCAAAUUUACUAACGCGAGAGAAUUCAAAAGAUAUCGUUAGCACUGAACUACAUCCACUUGCGUUCAAAUACCUUUUCAAGCACCUAAAAAAGCUGACAGAUGACUUGGAGUCUUUGGACCUCGCACAAGCUCAAAAUGAAACCUCUGUUCUACUUCUAGAGCAAAUCGUUUUGAUCGUACGAACUGCAUUGGAACGCGAAGAUGCGAAGGACGGGCUCAUUCUUGUUUCCGUUCAAGUCUUGGAGUUGACAAGCCAAAUCUUCAAAGUCGUCGAAAAUGUCAACCAUUCAUCUACCAGAUACUAUAAGGCCAUUAUGCAUCUAUCCAAAAUGCUCAAGUCUUUUGAGAACACGGAGCACAACCUGUGCGUGUCAGGAGUUUUGCUGAUAAAGAACCAGUGGUUGCGAUCGGCAAUCUCGUGGUUCAAGUCUGCCAUAUUCAAAGAAUUGGACCUCAAUAAUUUGAGUCGUCCUCACCGGGAAAUGAGUCUGAAAAGAAGGGAUUUGGAUUACCUCUAUAUCGAUACCUCCAUCGAAUCUUCCAAGGCGCUUGCCUAUAUUACCAAAGACCUCAUGCUGGAAGUUCCUCUGUCCAUUUCAGAAGGCGAGUUGAAAAGAUCAAAAGCCGUAACUUUCGGCAAUUACUUCAGUAUCCUGCUGAAAGGUUUAGAAAGAACGGCAACUGUUGACGCGUAUCCCUCUACUCUGCGUCACAAAAUUGGAGUUUUGAAUGAUAAUAUCAUCACAUCUCUAACAAAUCUUUUAAAUGCAAAUGUUGAUGUGGGUUUAAGGUACGCUCUUCCGAUAGGCUAUUCCAAAAAUCAGGGAAUUAAAGUCGCGUUUCUCAGGGUAUUUGUUGAAAUUAUCUCAAAUUUCGAUAUUCAAACGACAAAGGCGACGAAGGAAAAGAGUGAGUUGGUAGAGCAGUUCGUUGUCCAGUCCCUGUCUUGUCCUCAGCUCCUUCCACUAGUAGCUAAAGUUUGCCCAGCCAAUGACAUCGAUUCUCUUGCAAGCAGCAUGCUAACCAUAUAUGAGGUCAAGAAUGCCUCACAUCUUAUUGUGAUGGAGCUGAUAAAGCAGGAGAUUCAAGCUGCUUCUCGUUACGCCGAUGUAUUGCGAAGGAAUAGUUGUGCUACCAGAACGCUGUCAAUGUUUUCGAGAUUGAAAGGCUCUCAUUAUUUGAAAAAAACACUACAGCCCGCGCUCUGUGAAAUAAUUGCAAACGACGAGGACUUUGAAAUUGAGAAGAUAACCUUGGAUCACCCCGAAGCUGAGAAACAUGUCGCACUUUUUACCAAAUAUCUGGGUUUACUUAUUGAUUCCAUCGUGAACUCGGUAUCAUUUUUUCCCCCACAAUUCUUUCUCAUUUGCCAAUCUAUUUAUUUGAGCGUGAAGGAGAAGUUCCCGGGAUAUGAAACUGUGGCAGUAGGUUCAUUUGUUUUCUUAAGGUUUUUCUGUCCGGCCCUCGUCAGUCCUGACUCCGAAAAUCUUGUUGACAUUGUUACGCCGAAACAUAAAAGGGCGUUUGUUACUUUGGCUAAGGUUAUUCAGAACAUUGCGAAUGGUUCAAUCAACUCCAUGAAAUGGCCGGUUCUCAAGUCAAAAUCCGACUUUUUGAAAACUUGUGGUGAAAAGGUCUCUGUAUUUCUUGCUGAACUUGCGCGUCCAAGACGUAUUGUCUCUACUGAACUUCGAAUGAAUGAAAAGGUGACGCUGAAUGACUUCAACUUUCUUCACCGGUAUCUCUAUCAACAUGGACUCGAAGCUAGAAGUGAAGUUAUCGAUGCCAUAAAAUCUCAGGAAGACCUCGAAACUCUGAAGGAAGUGGGGAGAGCCACGGACGUAUUGUUAUGGACAUUAGGGCAACCGCGCAUGGAGUUCAGGAACGUGAUACCAGCUUUCAUACGAGAAAGGAUGGACGAUUAUCCAGAGCUCUACGAAUUUAUGUCCAGGCAUUCUUUGAGGACGUUCGUAUUCAAGGAAGAGUCUUCUUUCAUACAUGAAGCAGUCUCGUCCGAGGGUCUUCCCAUGAUAGUUAUUACGUUGAAGUUGCUGCACCUGCAGACAGUCGAUGCCGAGGUAAUAAUUUACCGUACGUUUCAGGUUUAUUCCAAAGUAUGGAGCUCGAAGCAUUAUAUCGUCAUCGACUGCUCAGGCUUCGACCGAGAUCACGCUGGUGCCAAGAAGCUAGCUACAUUUUUUUUAAACUUGAUACCCGACGACGCUGCUAGGAAUUGUGUCCACUUUUAUUACUAUAACAUGUCAAAAGAGAUUGUGAAUUGGUGGCUUCCUAUAUUCAAAGGAAACAAUCCUUACCUUCAGUACCACAGGACAAUCCACCACUUCAUCAAUAGCGAUGCAAACCCAAGUCUUAUCAAAAGUCUUAAGCUGACUUCAUUUUCGAAUGGGAUCUGUUCAGACGUCAGGGUUACGCUGCGAGAUGUAUCUCUUUAUGAUCACGAGAAGGGUCGCUUUACGCCAGUCACGAUGAAAAUUGGAAACAAACACCUUCAGAUGAUUUCCGAAACUCCUUUCCGUUUUAAGGUUACAGGAAUUGAUGACGUUGUGGAGAUCAAUUAUAAUAAUGUUUACGAAGUGGGCCGGAUUACUUCGACAAUAGUCUCGUUUGAAACUGGAGUUCCUUCAGAGUUCACGAUAAACUUUGAUGAUGGAAACAAACUAGUCCUCUGCAGCUCGAAGUAUCUCGAGAUUAUCAAAAUCUUUUACUAUGUCCAGGCAAGAAUUGAAGAAGAUUAUGAUAGCGGAGACUUCGAAAUUCAGAAGCAAAACGAGACCAUUCAAAAUGAUGAAAGAGAACAUAACGAGGUUCUUAGCAGCCUUUUGCUAGUCAUUUACGCCGGUCUCUGCAGUGAUAACGAGGAGGUUAAAAACAUCUCUUACAAUAUUCUUGCAGCAAGUCAAGAAGCUUUUGGGCUAGAUUUCGAGUGCAAGCUUCGUAUAUCACCUGAAGUUCACGUCCCUCACGACACAUCCGCUUUCUGUUAUUCCUUAUUCAGAGGUUUAGCCAAAACUGCACCAGAAUUGUCAUUGGUAGUAUGGAAAUCACUUUUAGAAGGCCUUUCUGGCGUUUUUGAAGAAACUGACGUUCCCCAUGUCGUAAGCGCCCUGUCUCCUUGGGCUGCCAACCUCUACAAAUAUGUGUAUCUGGCUGACGACGAGAACGGCCCCGAGAACGUCUCCUACGUUAUCCGCACACUUAUAAAACUAAGCGUGAAGGACCCUAAGAUGACGAUGAUGUACAGCCAAUGUAUUUGGUCAGUUUUGAUACUCGAAGCUGAUCUAGUGGCUGUCAUAGUUGAUGAGAUCGUCAAUCACUCUUUAGACAGGGACUCCGAAGGUGGAGACUGGAAAAAUGUUAUUUCACUUAUCACUCGAGUGUCCACUGUUGAGAUGUGCAGCGAGGUUAUAAACCGAAUCUUAAGCGUGUCUCGGUUAUUCUUGCCCUCUCUCAAGAUGGAAGCCUCGACCAAUAGUUGGUCCGAGCUGAUUAUACUGGUCAACAUCACAGUGGCGCUCUUUUUUGACUCUCUCCUACUUGCUCAAUUGUUCCUACCUGAGGUGUUGUACAUUGUGUCCCUUUUGAUCGAUGUAGGUCCCUCAGAAUUGAGACUUUCUUUGCACAAGCUGCUGAUGAACGCAUGUCAAUCACUUUCUACCAACGACUCUCUGUCACUUGAAAGAAAAAACAGUCUGGACCUGCUGAAAGAGACUUUCUCCCGUCAAAAAAUGAGAUUCAUGUCAGGCUUUAGUCAGGACAAAGGACGAAUCUUACAAAAUUUCAGCGCAUCUUCUUUUCUAAGCAAGUUCACAACUCUAGAACAUUUCAUUAGUAGCAUUGUUGCGCUGAUGGAGACCUCUUCUGAAACGGAGAAUUUGCAGUGGAAGGCAAAGUACAACAAAUAUAUCAUGGAUGCCGUGUUUAAUGUGCGGUCUUUUUUGUCUGCUAAAGCGGCAAUGAUAACCGGAAUCAUUGGUCAGAACGGAUUGCCGGAAUACGUUUGCAGAAAUAUGCUUCUACAAACUAUCAAGGCCGUUGCUGAACCUUAUGUCAGCGACGAACUCACGUUUCUCAUGAUUUCGCAUUGUUUCACGUAUAGCAAGAUUGUUCUAGGUCUACAACCGAGUUCAAUUCUUCUCAGGAGACUAUUCUGGUUGGCAGCGGCAUUCAUUCAAUCGCCUAAUACUGUUUUCUAUCAUGGCGGAAUCCUUUUUAUCGGAAACACUGUUAAACGUAUUACAACUCCACACGAGAACGAAGAGAAAAGGUCAUUGAAGUCGUUGCUCUACGCGAGCAGGGGCUUCGCAGAACCACUUUUGGUCGAGCUGGAGUCAAUGGGUGGAUUGAAGAUGACCAUGGAAAAUCUCCCUUACUUCUUCUUAAAUUCGGUUAUGAAAGGGCUGCUGAUCCCCCACGUUAAAUCCACGUCAGUCGACUGCCUAUGUCUAAUGGUUACGCUGGCUUACAGAGACCUGCGUUACGAGUAUUGCGAGGACCACCUUUGUUAUUUCCUGAUUGUUUAUCAAGUCUUGCGUCCCUCUAAAUUAAGCUCACUUAUUACUGAACUACAAAUCAAUGACGAACUUCAUUUCUUUGAUGAGCAUAAUUUUGUCACAAAAAGUCUAUUGCGCUGGAUGGAGCUGGACUCUGAAGCCUCGCUGAUUGCACUUUACCAGGCAUCUGUCUAUUUUGCUGCUGGCUCCUCAGACGAGCUGAGUAAGACUAGAUACCUUUUGUUGAUACAACAUUUGGUUAGGGUGAAUCCUAUGAAAGUCAUUCGGAUCUACUCAAUCAUACGUCCAGAACUGAAUCGAAUCGCAGCCUUUGACGCACAAUCCGAUUUUCCUCAACUAGUGUUAUCCAUCGUCCAGGAAAUUGUGAAAGAAAAGGAGUACGCACACGCUGCUUCACACUUGAGUGAGACACAUGCCUUCUUGAAAUCAAAGGACCUUUCCGGCAUUGGCAAGAUUGACAUUCCGUAUAACUCGAGUGAGAUUAUGACUGGAAUUAGAGUGAAUCCUUAUGCGGCCUAUGAGAGUAAGAAGUUGACUGUGCAAAUCAUGUUUCGUAUGAUGAAGUUGCCCGGUGGAAAUGAAUAA